AUGAUGAAGACCAUGGGGGUUGUGCCAAUGGAGAUGGAUGGGGAUUGUCUCUUCCACGCCCUUGCCUACUUCGACGGGGUCGAUGGCAAGGCCCUCCGCAUAGAUGUCGCAGACUUCAUGGAGGCGAACGCCUUCCUUCAGGUUGGUUUUGCAGAAGAAUGGUUGUUAGAAGCAAGCAAGCUUCGGGCCAAUCGAUGGGGAGGGCACACCGCGAUUGCCGCAUACAGCCUCAUGAAGGGCAGGAGGGUCAUCGUUCACACGAGAGACCUCGCAACAGGCAGAGUUGAUGUCCAGGAGCAAAGCCACCAUUCCAUCUAUGGCAAGGAGGAUGCCGGUGAGGCACACAUUUUGUAUAACGGCACCAACCACUAUGACGCGCUGGCUGAGAUGGCAAGUCCAGAAGGCAUGGAGCCGGCGUGGCCGCAGCCUCCUCCACCUAUGUAUCUCACAUUGGUUGGAAAUCAUGCGACAGAGGCUUUUCCGCCAUUAGAAAGUGCAAGCGCCAAGUCUGGCCGCAAGCGCUUUGAAGCACCAAGGCCUGCCAAGAAAGCGAAAGCCAAGAAACCAGGAGCCAAGAAGGCCACCAAGGUUGCGCAGGAACCGCAUCCACCCCCACUGACCCAGGGCGAAGAACCAGACGCCGAGCCGGGCUUGAUGGAAGAAUUGCAAAAUAUUCCGGAGCUAGCUGCGAAGCGAAUCCGGGCAAACCCAACUCUUCCUCCGAAUGCGGCGCCAGCCGCCGUGAAUGCUGGCGAGAC